CGCCGCGCCGCCAGCCGCCACCCCACCAAUCCCCACCAACCCCUCUCUUCCCCUCCAAUCCCAGCCGAACCCUCCCAGUUCCACCCCAGAAUCCCAUUGAUCCACCUCCGGUGCGCGCGCUCGCUCGCUCGCUUCCCUCCUCUCGCCGCGCAGAGAUUUUUUUUCCGCGGUUGUUCGAGCUGCCCCAAUCUGACCAUUUCUCUCUCUGCGCGCGCGCGGGUUCUCAGGAGCGCGGCGGCGAGCGGAGCGGCCAUGAGCAUGGCGUUCUCCUGCGCGGGCGCGCGCCUCCAAUGCCGCCGGCCUGCUCGCGCGCCGGGGCGGCUGCCCCCGCCCGAGCGCCACGAGGUGGGGCGCCGCCAGCGCCAGGGGAAUCCGCGCCGACCUCCCUCCGCCGCGGGCGAGCGCGGAUGGCGGCGUGGUCGCCUCUGGCCCGGCCGUCGACGUGCCGGAGGCCGGGGACGCCACGGAGCACGUGGGCGCGGCGGCCCAGCCCGUCGCGCUCCCGGAGACGCACGGUGAGGCGGGCGGCGCGGAUGUCGACGACGGGGCUGGCGGGAACGGCAAGUUCCCGCCCGGCGGCGGGGACGGGGAGGAUGGCGGGGGUGACGGCGAGGAGGGGGAGGACGAGUUCGGGCCCGUCCUGAGCUUCGACCAGGUGGUGCAGGAGGCCGAGAAGCGCGGGGUCAGCCUGCCCAGCUUGCCCGCGGACAUGGUCCAGGCGGCCAAGAGCGUCGGCAUUCAGAAGCUGCUGCUGCUCAGAUACCUGGACAUGCAGGCGUCGGCGUGGCCCCUGGGUCCGGCCAUUAGGUCCUGUGCGCUUCUCCGGAACAGGAUGCUGGUUGAUCCUGCAUUCCUCUUCAAAAUCGGGACGGAGAUAGUUAUCGAUACAUGUUGCGCGACAUUUGCAGAGGUUCAGAAGAGGGGGGAGGAGUUUUGGUCAGAGUUUGAGCUGUAUGCAGCGGAUAUGUUGGUAGGAGUAGUUGUUAAUGUAGCUUUAGUUGGCAUGUUGGCACCAUAUGCUCGAUUCGGUGGUGGAUCUGCAUCAGAAGGUCUCCUUGGGCGGGUUAGGCAUGCUUAUGAUGCCCUCCCAAGCAGUGUUUUUGAAGCUGAAAGGCCAGGAUGCAAAUUUUCUGUACAACAACGGAUUGGGACAUACUUUUUUAAGGGAGUUUUAUAUGGCUGUGUUGGAUUCUUUUGUGGCAUUGUGGGACAAGGGAUUGCUAAUUUGAUAAUGACUGCCAAAAGGAGUGUUAAGAAGUCAGAGGAUGAUGUACCUGUUCCACCUCUUCUCAAAACUUCUGCUUUGUGGGGUGUAUUCCUUGGUGUUUCUUCCAACACACGUUAUCAGAUUAUUAAUGGACUAGAGCGCUUGGUUGAGGCAUCACCUGUUGCCAAGCGUGUCCCAGCUGCUUCUCUGGCAUUCACUGUCGGCGUUCGCUUUGCCAAUAAUGUGUACGGAGGAAUGCAGUUUGUCGACUGGGCGAGAAUGACUGGCUGCCAGUGAGUUGCAAGCUUUCACAUUUUCGUGUCACCAUUCACAGUGAUGCUGUUGUGCGCGAUCUGCUGUUUGUUGUUCCAACCACAUUCGUCGAAUUUUCACUGUCACAAGUUAGAGACAUGGUAUCAAUAAUUGCUCGGGGGUGCAGAAGAUCUCAAAAAUAAAUGUGAUAGUUCCUCACAGUGAUUCUGAGACUGAGCGGAGCUAGCAUUAGGAGUGCUUAGGCAGGGUAGAACCACAAGAGAUAGAAUUGUUUAUUUUCUUGUUGAAGAUGUCGGAUAGCUGGAUCUGUUUGAUUGAAAUGAUUUUGUCUCCAUAAUAUUUAAUAUAUUUGACUAUGUGGCAGUGGCAACAUA